UAUAAUUCAUUUCGUAUUUCACCGAAGAAGAGUUUCCUGCGUAUGGUCAACAGUUUGGGUCCACAUGUGUCAUCCAUUUAUCUUCUUUUUGAGGAGUAAACUGUAUUCACCUCUACUCUUCGGUUACUAACCAGUUACCAUGAGCUCCUGUCGACGACCGGAGCACACGGCUCCUCCAGAUGUGUUUUACAACGCAGAGGAGGCCAAGAAAUACUCCCAGAACUCACGUAUGAUCGAGAUUCAGACUCAGAUGUCGGAGAGAGCCGUGGAGCUUUUGAACCUCCCAGAGGGGCAGCCGUGCUAUCUGCUCGAUGUGGGGUGUGGUUCGGGGCUUAGUGGCGACCAUCUUACGGAGGAAGGACACUACUGGGUGGGAGUCGACAUCAGCACAGCAAUGCUGGAUGUGGCACAGGACAGAGAAGUGGAAGGAGAUCUUCUAUUGGGAGACAUGGGUCAAGGGAUGCCUUUCCGACCGGGAACCUUUGACGGCUGCGUUAGUAUUUCAGCUCUUCAGUGGCUUUGCAACGCUGACAAGCGCACACACAGUCCUCCCAAGAGACUUUACACUUUCUUUAGUACUCUCUAUUCUUCAUUGUCAAGAGGCGCCCGGGCCGUUUUUCAGCUCUAUCCUGAGAACUCAGAGCAGUUGGAACUGAUUACGUCGCAGGCCAUGAGGGCGGGCUUCAGCGGAGGCAUGGUGGUGGACUACCCCAACAGCACCAAGGCCAAGAAGUUCUUCUUGUGUCUGUUUGCUGGCGUGACGGGCGUCCUGCCCAAGGGUUUGGGCUCCGAAACGUCUGACAAGAACGUCCCCAACCAGGUCCAGUAUUCAGGACAAAGAUGCCGAUUCAAAAACAUGAAGGGAAAAUCGGCAAAGAAGAGCCGAGAUUGGAUUCUGGAAAAAAAGGAGAGGAGGCGCCGACAAGGACGGGAGGUGCGGGCUGACACCAAAUACACCGGACGUCAGAGAAGACCUCAUUUCUAGCUGUGACUCAUGCAACUGGGCCUUAUCACAUGCACACACAGAGUCACCUCUAUGGUGAAUGGACUUUAUUCUUUUUAAAUGGAUGCAAUACUUGUGGUCUCUCAUUUUUAAAACCUGACUUGGUGAAGACAUCUACGAGGCACAGAACAAGCAGUAAUAUAUACCAUAAUGUACAUAUCCAAGCUCAUAUUAUUGACCGUUUUUGUCCACGUUUUGUGACUCAAACUAGAACGAAAUGUCUGUUGCAUUUCCUCGGCGAGAUCACUGGACGCAAUAUUCGGUAUACGUGUCCAAAUUAAAGCAAAUACAA